UUGACAACAUUUGAAUUAUUCGUGUCGGUAGUUGUGCAUCAGUCAAUAAAAUUGUUGUUUUUUUUACUGUAUCUGUGUGUAUUGUGAUUGUGAUUGUUAGUGACAAUAAUAUAAGACAUAUCUGACAAGAUGUCAGAAGAUUUUGCAUUUGACGCUCCUCAAUUUUGCGACUUCAACAAGUCCGUGUCAGACGAAAAGCUGGAAUCCUAUUUCGAAACCGUUUCAGCGGUUGAUCACGAAAACUAUAACCCGGGACAGCAAGGAAUGUAUGAGGACAUUUCCUAUGAGGCGGAAGAUAUUUCUCAUACUGCAGAUGAAACUGAAGACUUUUAUACUCCCCCACAAUCAGCUAUUAGGAGACGAUCAAAAAGUGCUGGUCCUUCUUCACGGAGACAUAAUGUUGUAAAUCCAAGUGGUGAUGAUGUCCACACUUUAACAAAUGAUCUAGUUCAUUUGGGCAUUACAAAAAGUAAAACAUUAGUUAAAUAUAGUUCUUCUGACAAUCUAAGCCAGUUUCCAAUUCAAAAAAGUAAAUUAGCUAGAGCAUCUUCAAGGGACAACAUUAAUAGACUGGCUCAGCCGAGACGUGCAUUUUCCUCGACGCAGGAAGUCGGCAAGAACAACGAAUAUGUUUCGACUGCCCAACUUUUAGCCCAAUGGCAACGAAAAACUCCAAUAAGAUUUAGGAGCAAUCAAGCCAACCAACCGACGACAACAACUCGUCUCACCAUCACUAAGCCACAGUCACCGGCACUUAGAACCAAGGCUCGUUAUCGACCCACUACAGUCAUGUCCACAGAAGAAAGAGAACAAAAAGAAUUGGAAGAAAUCCAUAAGUUUAAGAUUAAGGCACAUCCUGUGAACAAGAGGAUUCUUCAAGGUCCCCUGAAAGCACAAGGGCCAAUGGAGAAAAAACCUUUAACGGUACCGCAACCAUUUAAUUUGACAGCGGUACCAAAGAAAGUCCAGGAGUUACCCACGGCACCAACGCCCGCGUUUCAUGCUAAACCUGUGCCUAACAAUCUGCGUUCUGCUCCAAAAUUACCUCAAGUCCCUCAGAAAAAAAUAACUCAACCCAUUACACCUAAGUUUAUGAAGACUUUAAAGAAAUCACAGUCUCUUGAACUUCCUCCACCAGAUACAUGUCAGAAGCAGGAGCUUCCGCUAACUAGGACGAAACCAAUACCUUUUAGUUUUGAAAAGAGGGAUUUGCAGAUACAAAAGAAAAAGGAGGAACGCAUUAAACAAGUUCUUGAAGAAGAGAAAAAAAUGCGGGAAUUUCACGCCAAUCCACGCCCAAAGUACCUGGCUUCGAGAAACUCUUCAUGCAAUUCGUCCCUCAAGAGUGCAAAUAGUUCACAUAAAAGUAACGAAACUUUGUGCGAACAAUUUAAAGCCCGACCAGCUACCGUGUUAUAUAAGGAACCGUUCAUGCCCAAAUACGGUGAGAAACCCCUGACUGAGAUUGCCGAAUUCCAUUUAAGUUGCGAGCAACGGAUGCAAGAGAGGAAACAGUUUGACCUGGAGCAGAAGGAAAGAGAGGAUAAAUUGAGGGCCAUAAAAGAAGAGGAGGAAAAAGCAAAAAAAAUAAAGGAAGAAGAAGAGAGGGAGAUGUUUAGAAAACAGACUGAAAUCAAAGCUCAACCUAUCAGGAAAUACAAACCUAUCGUGAUUCAACCUUCCAACAAAGUGACGGUCCCAGUGUCACCAGAAUUCAUGUCCAGAAAAACGAUGCAUGUGCACUCAGAAGAUAAGGAAAAUAUCUCUUCCAAUUAUUAGCUUUAUCUAAUUGUUUACAAAUUUAUAUUUUUAUUAUAUUUAAAUUUAUUAUACCUGAUGUGAAAUAAUAAAAACUUUAGUUAGUUA